GUUUGAUGAUGAUGGCAAUGAUAGUGGUGGUGAUGAUGACAGUGUAGAUGAUAGUGUUGAAUAUGUUGUUGAUGCUGAUGUUAAUGUUGGUGAUGAAGAUAGUGGGGAUGGUGAGUUAGGCUGUGAGUUUGUUGAUGAUUGUACGGAUGAGAAGGAUAAUGUAGAGGUUCCUGAAAAUGAGGGCUGUGAUGGUGGGGUUGAUAAUGAUGAUAGUGGUAUUGACGAAGAUGGUGAAGAUGAUGAAGAUGCCUGUGAGCUAGCUGAUGAGGAUAAGGAUGAGGAAAAUGCUGCAGAGGUUUUUGAUAGUGAGGGCGGUGCUGGAAGGGUUGAUGAUGAUGGCAAUGAUAGUGGUGCUGAAGAUGAUGGUGACGGUGAUGAUGACGGUGUAGAUGAUAGUGUUGAAUAUGUUGUUGAUGCUGAUAUUAAUGUUGGUGAUGAAGAUAGUGGGGAUGGUGAGUUAGGCUGUGUGUUUGUUGAUGAUUGUACGGAUGAGAAAGAUAAUGUAGAGGUUCCUGAAAAUGAGGGCUGUGAUGGUUGGGUUGAUAAUGAUGAUAGUGGUAUUGACGAAGAUGGUGAAGAUGAUGAUGAUUGUGGGACUGAUGAAGAUGGUGCAAAUGAUGGUGUAAAUGAUAGUAUUGAAGAUGUAGUUGAUGAUGUUAAUGUUGGUGGGGAUGGUGAUGAAGGCUGCGAGUUUGCUGAUGAUGGUAAGGAUGUGGAAGAUAAUGUAGAGGUUGUUGAUAUUGAGGGCUGUGCUUGUGAGAUUGAUGAUAAUGAUGAUAGUGGGACUGAUGAGGAUGUUGUGGAUGAUAGUAUUGAAUAUGUUUUUGAUGAUGAUGAUGAUAAUGUUGGUGAUGAAGAUGAUGUAGAUGAUAGUGUUAAAGAUGAUGACAAUAGUGCGAUUGAUGAGGAUGGUGAAGGUGAUGAGGAUCGUUUUGUUGAUUUUAUUAAAGAUGUAGUUGAUGAUGAUUUUAAUUCUGGCGAUGAAGCCU